GGACACCCUCCCAGGUACCCCUCCACUUCUCGGGUGACACAGGCAGAAGAGCAUUGGAAGCGUCCUCCGGAGGUCUCGGCCAGCUCACAGGCAGCAGCUCCUCGGGUCGCCGAGUCCGCAGCGCGCCAAGUCCCAUCUGACUCCGCACACAACGCGGCGUCGGCCUCGUGGGUGCGGAAUGAAGGGAGACGGCGUGAGCACCCACCGAAGCUUGAGCUACGGGGCUGGGGCAGUGUCCCCGGCGUAGGCACCCGUACUGUUCGCGGCCAGCGCACGCUGUGCCCUCGGUUCGCUUCCGGCCGGGCCACGUGACUGCGCGCACGUGUUCGGGCCCCUCGGAGCUGCGGUCUGGAGCCUGUAACACGCAGCGGGCGGAUGCCCAUUUAGAGGCAGUGUAGCCUUCGCCAUGAACCCCAGGGGCCUGUUCCAGGACUUCAACCCCAGUAAGUUCCUCAUUUAUGCCUGCUUGCUCCUCUUCUCCGUGCUGCUGCCCCUGCGCCUGGACGGUAUCAUCCAAUGGAGCUACUGGGCAGUCUUCGCCCCCAUCUGGCUGUGGAAGCUCCUGGUCAUCGUGGGCGCCUCGGUGGGUGCGGGCGUGUGGGCCCGCAACCCUCGCUACCGUACGGAGGGGGAAGCCUGCGUGGAAUUCAAAGCCAUGCUGAUCGCCGUGGGCAUCCACCUGCUGCUGCUCAUGUUUGAGAUACUAGUCUGCGACAGGGUGGAGAGGGGCACCCACUUUUGGCUGCUGGUCUUCAUGCCACUCUUCUUCGUUUCCCCCGUGUCCGUGGCCGCCUGCGUCUGGGGCUUCCGACACGAUAGGUCUUUAGAACUGGAGAUCCUGUGCUCUGUCAACAUCCUGCAGUUCAUCUUCAUCGCCCUGAGACUGGACAGGAUUAUCCACUGGCCGUGGCUGGUGGUGUUUGUGCCCCUGUGGAUUCUCAUGUCGUUCCUCUGCCUGGUGGUUCUCUACUACAUCGUGUGGUCCCUCCUGUUCCUGCGGUCCCUGGAUGUGGUGGCAGAGCAGCGAAGAACACAUGUGACCAUGGCCAUCAGCUGGAUCACCAUCGUUGUGCCCCUGCUCACCUUUGAGGUCCUGCUAGUUCACAGACUGGACGACCACAAUACGUUCUCUUACUUUUCCAUAUUCAUCCCGCUUUGGCUCUCAUUACUGACCUUGAUGGCUACAGCGUUCAGGCGGAAAGGGGGCAACCAUUGGUGGUUUGGGAUUCGCAGGGAUUUCUGUCAGUUUCUACUUGAAGUUUUCCCGUUUUUAAGAGAAUAUGGAAAUAUCUCUUACGAUCUCCAUCAUGAAGACAGCGAAGAUGCUGAAGACGCCUCGGUGUCAGAAGCUCCGAAAAUUGCUCCAAUGUUUGGAAAGAAGGCGCGGGUAGUUAUAACACAGAGCCCUGGGAAAUAUGUUCCUCCACCUCCCAAGUUAAACAUUGAUAUGCCAGACUAAACUCACGGGCUGGGCCUUUCAGUGAAAUAAGAACCAUAUACCCUUGGAUUCCACUUUGCGUUUUUCUUGUGUUCAUCCAGUCCUGGAAUUGGAAACAGGCCCCCCUCAUUUUACAUCCACACUGAGACAGAAGUUUCUUGCAGUGGUCAUUGUGUGCCGUAGGCAGAAGGAGGAAACUGUAGGCCUGUGGGGUGUGUACAUAAUGUGCAAGAGAACUUGCUUUCCAGGCUCCCCCGUCUUAGGAGCUAGCCAAAGGCAGUAAAUCGGAUUGUUUCUAGGAGCUAGCCAAAGGCGGUAAAUCAGAUUGUUUCUAGGAGCUAGCCAAAGGCGGUAAAUCAGGUUGUUUCUAGGCCUUCUAAAGACCUGAAAACUACAUAGCUGUUUGUUUUAAAGUGCUACUUAUGCCUACCAAAAGUAUUGUUUAAAAAGUAUUUUUAUACACUGCUAGUCUAAAAUUGUAUUUUAGAUUGUGCCCUUUGUGACAUAAUGGCAAAUGUACCAAAUUCUCCACUCCCACUGUUCCCUAAACCUCAUUGUUGUUGUUUCUAGUGCUCCUACUGUUCAAAUAGUUGUUUUCUUUGGGCUUUGCAGACACAGGUCUCUAGUAUUCUAAUAGAUGAAUUUUCUAAUGGAGUGAAUCUGCAUAUAUUAGUAUUUAUAUGAAUGUUUUAGCAGUGUUAUCUGUGUUGAUUGUAGUUCUUGGCAGUAAUGUAUUGUGUUAAAGUAUUUUUUUAAGUUUC